AUGAUAUUCUGCUUUCUCUUCUCUUCAAAACAUUCCCCCAAGGGGCUGGCCGCGGGCGCACUAGAUGGUGCUGCGGCCCUGCUGGUGCUGCGGGCCCCGACGUGGCCGGCCGCCUGGGCUGCGGAGCUGUUGGCAGCGCCUGUGCCCGCACUUCAGCGUGGCCCGGCCAGCCCGCCAUGCGAACCAGUAUUAGCAGUCCAAACUCCAGCUAUAUUCACAGAACCAGCAAAUGAUACCAAUGGAAAUGAGAUUUCCAGCCUUUUGGAUAGUAUCUUUUGGAUGGCAGCUCCCAAAAUCAGGCACAGUAUUGAAGUGAACCGGUGUAGAAGAAACCCUCAGAAGCUUAUUAAGAUUAAGAACAAUAUAGACAUUUGUCCGGAAUGUGGUCACCUGAAACAGAAACACGUCCUCUGCGGCUAUUGCUAUGAAAAGGUGCGCAAGGAGACUGCAGAAAUCAGGAAACAGAUCGGAAAGCAAGAGGGGGGUCCUUUCAAGGUGCCCACCUCAGAGACUGUGGUGCUGUACGCGGGAGAGACACCAACUGCACAAGAUCAAGGCAAGAGGAUCAUCGAUCGAGAUCAGAAGAGACCAUCCUGGUUCACUCAGAAUUGA